AUGGCCGAGCCCGCAUCAGCCGUCUUCGGGUUGGCGAUUCCUGUGGUGCAACGUCUGUUCAAGCUCCACGGCAAGCUCGAGGAGAUUGUCGGCGCGCCAAAAGAUGUCAGGAUUUUCAACAGCGAGAUGUUGAUACUGGCAAUUUCUGUCAACAACUUUCAGAUGCAGAGUCCAGCUUUACUGAAAGUGUUGACUGAGCCCAGGAAGCAAGAUGCGCUUCUGGAUGCUCAGGCUUUGGCCAACCACUUCGACAUGAUCAUCAAGUCGACGGAAGUAGCGUCCAACUUGAUUUUGAGUACAUUUGACUGGAAUUUGGGCACUUUUGGGAAGAUCCUAGGCCGCGUCCAGUGGAUUUUCAGAAAACCUGCCAUCAUCGAAGCUCGUUGCUCGAUGACUCUUUUCGUCACCCUCAUCAACAUGUUCAUCAACUCAGUCAUCAUGGAAUCCCUGAUCCAGGAAUACAAGUUUUCCAUGGCAAGAGGCAGUGAACCUUCCCGGGAGAUUUCAGACAAGCUGGACCUUUUUGGACAAUUACUGAAACGAGAUCUCGGGCGCGUCAGGAGAGCGUUGCGGCAGUGGCAGCAGUCCAGCACGAGCAAAAGGGACGAGCGACGCAGAAUUGAGCGCACAGCAAGAUUUAUAAAAAGAAAGGCUAGGCGGGUCAUUGAGACCCUUCCCCCGCAGCCGUCAAAGAGGCGACGGCCUAGGUACCCUGAUGAGCAAGACAGGUCUAAAUCUGACGCUGAAGAUGGGGGCGCCACCUGUUGGUCGGCGCGACGGCUGAGAAACAAGAGAAGACGAGGCCACGAAGAUAAUCUUGACACAAAAGAAAACGAUAAAUCUAUCAAGCCGGUUUAG